UGCCUGAGUUCAAUUUCUAAUCAGAUCUUUGCAGCAGUGAUCAUCUUCACCACUUCGGGAAGUCGGAGAGAAGAUAUCCUUUAAAGUUUGCUUCUUUCGAAUCUUCCCGCUUUUGGAGAAUUGAUAUUUCCCACUCUCUCACUCUGAAUUUUGCACGCUUUUUUGUUUCGGGAAUAUUUACAAGCGAACAUGAGCGCCGAAGUAGCUACAAUUGAGAAUAUGGAGCCGGUGAAUUUGCCUUCUACGAAAUUAAUAGACGUAGAUGAUGAGACGUCUUCUUGUGGUAACCACAGCGAUGGACCAAAUCUAUCUGAUUCUGAUCCAAAAGAUUCUGGAAUUGAAUGUGGAAGCUCGGAGCCAAAGUCUUCUUCUUCGGAUAUCCCCGAUGAGGAGACGGCGAAUGCUAUUUUGAAAAUGGUGGAAUAUUAUCUUUCUGAUGCAAAUAUUCUUAAAGAUCCAUUUCUCUUGAAGCAUGUCCGACGCAAUAAAGAAGGAUACGUCAGUCUGAAACUCUUGGCAUCUUUCCGCAAAGUAAGAAGCCUGAGUCGCAACUGGAAAGCUGUAGCCUAUGCAGUUCAGAAAUCGACUAUGCUUGCUUUGAAUUCGGAAGGCACCAAAGUAAAGAGACUGACCCCUCUUCCAGAUUAUGACGAGACUGUGACAUCAAGAUCUGUGAUUGUUUCUGGUUUCAGCUCCGACAAACCUUCGGUGGAUAGCGUCAGCGAGAUGUUUUCCUCAUGUGGAGACAUUGCUCUAGUCAGAAUCCUAAGACCUGGUGGAUCAAUCCCAUCCGAUGUUAAACGAUUCCUAUCGAAGAAUCCAGAAAUCCAGUCUAAAAUCUGUGCCCUCGUUGAAUUUGAAGAGCAUGCCGCUGCUAGGAAAGCUCUGGAGAGCAUUCAAGCACCCGGUAUCACAGUCACUUCAGUAGUCAUCAAAGAGAAAGAAAAGAACCUAGAAAGUCCCAAAAAGGCUCCUCCUGCCGAAAACCAAAAUCCAAGUCCCAAAGACAGUCCCAAGAAGAAGAAGAAGAACAGGAAAUCUUCUAAUGCUGAAAAGAAAUCUACCGAAGGUGAAACCACAACUGAACAGAAGAGAUCCAGGCGCAGUUCCAGUGGAUCGGUGAGCUCUCAGAGUUCCGGUUACCUGUCCUCGUCUCCCAUCAGCAAUCCGUUUGAAAAUAAAUUCCCGAGAAGACACAGUUACCACCCGGUUAUUUACAAUGAUCCUAAUUCAUCAUUCGCCUCUCUGGCCAACAGGCAUUAUGGAUCGAGAGAUCGUCUUCAGAAGGGUGGUGCCGAGCCUUCCGAUGCCCCCAGCCCCUGGCGCAGACGAAGGGAACAGAUGAUGAUGUCCGAUUCGAACCUUGUGAGGUCUUCCUCGUCUUCGACGGGCUCCCUGCUGCAGGGUCUUCCAGUUAAAACCAUCCGUAUGCCCAGGGGACCAGAUGGCACAAAUGGAUUCUGCACAAGAGGUAAAUCUAGACUACCAUCAACAGCCGAAUGAACUUUGUUAACCUGAAUAGUAAUUAGAACUAUUAUCCAUUUUUAAUCAAUCAUCAGAUGGCCUCUUGAGGAGGAAAAAAAGUAUUAGAUUCAUCUGCAGUAGAACUCUUUGUUUUUGUUGUUUCCUUUGUCAUAAUACAUACUGUAGUAAUAUUAUGCUCACAUAAAAGGCAUUAUGAUAAAUUAUUAUUAUAGCAAGAUAUUUUAAACCUGCAAUGCAAAUAUUUUUACUUUUCAUCUCUCAAAUGUCUGAAAAGCAUUCUCUUUCAGUACUAGUUUAGCGAGCUGUGAAUGUUGCUUCUUAUUCAUGAAUGUAAUUCAUUGUCAUUAUUCAGACUUUACUUAACGAGCUAGGAUAUCUUUCUGUGAAAUUACUUUUACUUAAGUUAUUAUUAUCAAAACAUAAAUUUUGGAUAAUUCGUAAAUUUUUAUUAUCAGUACUAACAAAUUUUAUUCAAUAUAAUGAUUUUUAUCUCUAAAUUCGUUAAGAGUUGAUAUUUCGUAGAAAUAUCACUUCAUUAUUAUAGAAGUUCAUGCUAUAUCAUUUUUCAUAAUUAUUAGAAAAGGUCAUUGCAACAAUGCACCACUAUCUCAUUUUUUCUGAAAUCAUCUUAAUUUUGAAAAAGUUAUCAGAAAUUUUUUUUCAAACUUAUGUCACAGACCCACCAAGAUGCUCAUAUUCAGUCUGCAUAAUUAGAGGAAAGUUGGAUACUGUUAUUCCUUUGCCAGUAUUGCUUGUAUAUAGUGUAAAUACUUUUUGUUAAAUGCCUGUUGUUCACGAUAUUUAUACAUGUUCCUUUUUUACGUUUUUAAAACGAAAAACUUAAGUACAUAUCUGUUGCCCUAUUGCUUGUUUUUUGCAGAUGUGUAUUAUUAUGUUCAUAUUUGAAAAUAAAAAAUAAAUUAAUCAAAA